AGAACAACAGCAGCAGCAGCAGCUUGAGUUCGAGCUCUCUGACGAUAGGUGAGCGGCUGUGCAUGGUGGUCAUACCCUUCAUCGCCUUAAUCGAAGUUUUGGCAUUCUCCGUCAGUGGUUGCUUCAACUACCGUCCACCCAGAAAGUUUCGUUUCCGAAUCCCUGACAUUGCUGAACUCGCCAAGGAUAGUCCAUUUACGGUUAACGAAGUGGAAGCACUGUACGAGCUGUUCAAGAAGCUGAGUACCUCCAUCAUUGACGAUGGCUCAAUCCACAAGGAAGAGCUCCGACUGGCAUUAUUCAAAACUUCAUCUGGAGAGAAUCUUUUUCUUGAUCGGGUUUUUGAUCUUUUCGAUGAAAAGAGAAAUGGUGUUAUUGAAUUUGAUGAAUUUGUCCAUGCCCUCCGUAUCUUCCAUCCUUAUUCUCCUUUGGAGGACAAAAUUGAUUUUGCAUUCAGGCUUUAUGAUCUGAGACAAACAGGGUAUAUUGAACGGGAAGAAGUUAAGCAGAUGGUAAUUGCUAUUUUGUCAGAGUCUGAAAUGAAGCUUUCAGAUGAACUUCUAGAAGUAAUGAUUGACAAGACUUUUGCAGAUGCUGAUGCUGACAUGGAUGGUAAAAUCAGCAAAGGAGAAUGGAAGGCUCUUGUUAUGCGAUACCCCAACCUUUUGAAGAACAUGACUCUUACGUACUUGAAGGACGUCACCACGGUAUUUCCAAGUUUUGUUUUUAACACUGAGGUUGAGGACUGAAUUAAAAUUUCCAUGCUCGAGAAUAUCAAGGAGUUUCUGGGAGUUUCAGGUCCAUGCAAGGCCACUUGGCAAUGCCAUCGAAGCUGAAUCUUUUCUAAC